AGCGGUGUUAAACUACCAGGCACCUAGCCAGUCAGCCAGCUAGCUACAGGAGGCUACAGUACAAGUCAACAGUAGGCUACGGUGUUUCUUCUAUGUUUGUGAACUGAGAAGAACGUCUGUCCGGAUCUAGAAUUGACUAUAGCCUGGCGAUUAUGGAGGACGACGAUGUUGCUGAAAACUGGGAGGAAGCUGCGGACAGUGGGGAAAUAGAAAGAAGACUUGAGGCAAAGCUGAAAAUAAGUCAGAACGCCAAGAAAACAGCCUGCAGCUCCCCCUUGCGGACUGCCAUUGUGAUUCAGGAUGAUUCUCUGCCGGCGGCACCCCCACCUCAGAUACGCAUUUUGAAGCGCCCAACGAGUAAUGGUUCAGCAGGUUCAUCCGCUCCCUCCACCCGUCCCUCGCAGCACAUGAAGUCCUUGGCCCAGAGAGAAGCAGAAUAUGCAGAGGCUCGCCUGAGAAUCCUAGGAAGUUCCAGCUCUGAAGAAACGCAACAGGACAAAACCAAUAUUGACAGCAGACCUGUUCGUGUGAAUGCACCGCCACCAUCUGAAGCAGUUCGUCCCAACAGUCAUGUGAUCCGACAGCCAAUUGGUCCAGAUGAUACCAUAGGCUUCCGUCACUGCAGAUAGGUGUCAGCGGGGCGAACAGUACUCCUUGUCUCACCCAGGGGGGCAUGGACUGCAGAUCCUAAAGGGGGGAGGGGGGGGGGGAGGUAGCAUAGUGCAUGUGAAGGAGGGUGGAUUAGACAGUUGUGAGAUAAUACAGACAUGGCGUAUUUCUCACUAAAUUAGAAAAAGUAUUCCUCCCUCCUCUUGACUUUCAGCAUGCCCUUUGCCUUUCACCUCUGUCUACAGCCUACAGUUGCAGAAGUAGAGCACAGGGCCAGAUAUACUCUGGGCUCCACACUGUGACCUGGGCAUUGCCUCAGGAUCCCACACUGUGAUACCUCCUCCUGUGCUGCCCGCUGACCCUGUCAACCAGCCCUCUGUUGGCUGGGUGACCAGGGCCCUGAGCUGGCCACCUCCACGGCAACGAGAACUAUCAGGUCCACAGGACUCGGAACCAAGAAGCGCGUGGAUGGGAUCUCCCCAACUGCCGCUUCGAAGGGCCAUGGAUUUAGGAGCAGGGCGAGUAGGAGUCUGCUUGUUCAAGCAAUAAUUUUUAUAAGCUAGUCAAGUUAGUUUUCUCUGAGAUGAGGCUGACUAACUGCCUGAGCUAUACCUGUCACGUCUAAAUUUAGUGUCAGUUUCGGUCUUUGUUUUAUGCUGUUUAUAUAUAUUUGAGGCAGUACUUGUGUCUACUUAUACUUACAUUGGAUUGAAAUAUGUCAAGCUAAUUUACAUUGUCUUUAUUUCUUUUGUAGUUGAGUUUCUUGAUUGAUCUGGUUUUAGAUUUUGUCAUGUAAAAGUACACACAAGUGUUUCAAAUGUUCUAGUGUCUAUAACAUAGUAAUUGAAAGUACGGUAGGAUAUGCAAAAGCAGUCGAUACGAGUGGGUAAACAGGCUAAACUGUCCUGUUAAAGUGUUGCUUAGCACACGAUGGAAUAAGGUAACCAGACUGAACAACAAGUGAACUUUUAAAGGGGUAAUUUAGGGGAAAGUAACGGGUCCUUUAGGGGGUUUGUGUUAUGGGUUGGAGCCACUAUAGAUUAAACCUCUUGACUUCAUCUGGUGUUGCCAAAUGUUUCAAAACCAAGACAUGCAGGAAGAAAGUAACAGAAGGCUGUUGUCAAGUCAAAUUAACCCAUUAACUGUCCAGAGGAGAGAAAACAGUUUUUUAUCCAUUUGACUGGAUCCAAAGUCUGGUAUGUGAAUUGACAUGUCAACAUGUGCUGUUGAGUCUCAAAUGCCUUACAUUCUCUAUGGUUUCCCCUGUGGGGUCUUCUGUUUAUUUUAUUUCCCUACACAGCGACAUCAUUUACCUCCUGUAAUUUGGCCACCCCCCUCAGGAAACGUGGUGUCAAGUGUGUUCCUUUCAGUGCACGCUACAAGAAGGUGUAAACACAGGACCUGUUCAGAUGUUAAAGCAAAGAGGUAACCAGGUGAGAAACAUGUACUAUACUAGCACCUGUUCUGGGUCUGACCAAGUUAACAUUGUAAAGCACAUGACACCGUCAAUUACAACGGUCAAACAGGUUUUACUUGUACCCUAUAAUUGUAGUGAGCGCAGCACGCCUGGGGGGGUUUCACAACACAAAAGGGUGAUGCAUUCUGUCAACGGCUUCUUUGUUCCUGUUUAGGUGCUCCCAACUCCCAUGUGCACCACUCUGUUUUGUGCAGAAACAUUUUUAUUUUUCUAUUUUUUGAAAAUGAUUGUGUUUAAACUUAAUUUUGCAGCUCUCCAACAUGUUUAUCUGCUGACAGCAAUACUAAUACUACAUGUUAAUAAACUACAAGCUUUCAUUAAAGUUUCUGCAACCUCUCUUUGGUUUUGAAAGAUAUGAGUUAUUCACUGUAAGUGCUUGAGUUUGAAAGAAUUACAGCAGUGUUAAAGGUUCAUAUCUGUGUAGGAGUAACAUUUCAUUAUUGAUAUCCACAUUAGCUGUGUUAAUAUGACCUCUGAAGUCUUGUCUCAUGUGUUGGAUAACCUCCUCUUAGAUAUCACACACAUGAAAUAUACACUCAUGUCUUUUGUCAAGCUCUGUACCAUUUUAUUCUGGAUGUGUAGUUUGUGUUUCUGUAUUCUGUUUGUGUUGUGAUUAUUUUACUUCAAAUAAAUGUCUGAGAGGGGAAGUUGCUGAACCCUUUUAGGCCAGAUAAACAUGGA